GCUUUCAUUAAAAAUAUAUAUUUUAAAAUUUAUGGUGGGUGCGGGAGAAAGAGCAGCUGGGUAUAAAUAUUUUUAAUGCAUUUAUUUAUUUGGCUUAUUAAUAUUAUUUAUAUAUUUAGAUUUGAUAAAUUAAAUGUGUUUGCCAGAACCAAGGUAGCCCAGUGUAGGGUGCUGAAUGCAGAAAGUUAACCGAUCGCGCAGUGAGCCAACCUGACGCUACCCUGGAGUUCAUGGUCUUUGUGUUAUUUGCUAUUUGCUUAUUACUGUUCUACAUUAAUAUUAUUCAUUUCAUUUCCGCUUUAUAUUUUUAAGGGGGGAAUCUCAAAGUGACUUACAAUACACGAAGACAGCAAUCUAGAAUAAAACAUUACUGAAGGAAGUCAGAUAUAAAGUAUACAUUGAAAGAGACAUAACUAGCAGGAAACCAAGCUAUUAUCUUAAAAAUUUCAAAAUAAAACAUUACAAAGAGGUCAAGUACAGAAUCCAUCAGAUGCGUUACUUACAUGCUAUGCAAAGGUCUCCAAGCACCUAAUGGCAUCUUUAGAAACAUAAAUACAAACACCUUUCAGGUAUCAUUAAAAGUAAAACAAAGUAGCCUUCCCUCUCAGUAAAUGGCAGUGGGAAGCGUUGGCAGCACACCAGUAAUUAACAAUGGUUCUCAUGGACUCAUCUAAGUGUGCAAAAGUCGUUCUGCCCUCACAGUAACCUUGUGAGAUAGGCUCAGUUGUUUUCUCUGCUGCUAUACAGAAUGUUGAUGCAAAUUUUAAAAUGGGAUAAUAUUCUUAAGCAACUUUGUGGGGAGAGGGGAUAGAGAGGUGUAUUCUUAUUGUUGCUGCUGUUUUUUUUUACUGCAUAUUGAGGAGGCAUAGAAAAUAAAGGUGACAUUUGGGUGUGAAAGUAGAAAUGUGAAAAUGGGUCAAGGCAGGUAUUACCACUGAUUUUUUAAUCUUAUUCUAAACCACCAUCUCAAGGCAAUAAGGUAACUAAAAACAGCAAAUACUUAUAGAACAAAACUAAAUUUCUAACAAGUGGACACUCACACUAAAGACCCAUUUAUCCAGCUGGGAAAGCCUGCCAGAACAAAAAUGCCUGCAAUUGUUUCUGAAAAGUGCAAAUAGUGGGUGCCUUUUGUAUCUCACUGUGGCCGCUGCUUCAUUACGGUUGUAGGAGGGGUAGAUAUGGAUAGGUCUGUGACUGAUUUAAAUGGAUUGCAUAAGACUGUUUUUGAGGGAAUUAUUGGGAGUGAACACAACUUAAUUCUAUGGUAGAUAGCAGGGUUUGAGGACUGGUGAGCUAGAUCCUCAUUCCACCCCACGGGUGGGCGACUUUUCAGGUUGGUGGAACUGCCUACCUGUCAACCAUUUGGUGCCACUGUGACAUCAGGUGACGCAACUUCAAAGGAAAGAACUAGGCAUGUGCUCCUGAUUCUUCCUUUUCUUACUCUGCAGUCCUGCUUGAACUUGAGACAGGCCUUCAAAGGAAGAUCCAAUGGGGAUUGUCUGUGCUAAACAGUGGAUCCUUUAGCACCAAGUUCCGCUUGCCAAGGAAAUUGCCCUGUGAGGUAGAUUAAGCUGUGAUUGACCUGCCCAAGUACAUGUACCCUGCUUCAUGACCUUAUGACUGAGCAGGGAUUUGAGGCUGGUCCUCCAACACCCAAGCUCAACAGCUUUCUCCAUUAUAUCACACUGACCGAAUGUGAUAGGAAGGGCACUAAGAUACAAGAGAGCUUUUGACAGUGAGGGAAACAGACAGACAGACACACACACAGAGAGACCGCAUUUGAAAAUAUUGGACCAGAACAAACAGCUGCCAGGGUUUUCUGAGCACAGGGAGCGCAACAGUCUGGCUGUCACCAUGCUAAGCAAGCAACCCAUCAUUGUGGAAUCCCUCAUCAUGUUCACCAUCGUGCUUUGUGUGCACAGCACAGUCUGGGAUCGCUUUUCCUGGUGCGCCAUUGCGCUUGCAAUCCAAGCUUUCUAUAUCCAGUUUAAAUGGGACAACCUCCUCCGCCUGGGCAGUGCUGUCUUCCAGUUUCGGGCAGGAGCAAACAGUGGCCUCUUCCCAGCUUGCAUGGCUGUCCCAUUGCUGGGCAUUGUGAUGAAAGAGAGAUGCCAAGCGGCUGGUAUCGUGUACUUUGAGCGUUUUGGCAUCAUCGUAGCCUCCACUGGCAUGAUCAUCGCCCUGUUCCUCUCUGUGAUAGCACUCGGUGUUACCAAACCUGUGCCAACAAAUACCUGCAUCCUCUCUGGCAUUGCUGGCAGCCUGAUCAUCUACACCAUGAAGCACUCGUUGACGGUCUCUGAAGUGAUUGAGGUCCUGGAGGUCCUGCUUAUCUUUGUCUACCUCAGUAUGAUACUGCUAUACUUGCUGCCUCGAUGCUUCACUCCUGGUGAGGCUCUGCUCGUCCUGACAGGAAUAAGCUUCGUCCUCAAUCAGCUCAUCAAACGUUCUCUGAACGUAACCGAAAGCAGAGGGGACCCGAUUGACUUCUUCCUCCUGGUGGUGGUGGUCGGGGUGGUUCUCCUUGGGAUAUUCUUCACCGCCCUCUUUUUCUUCAUGGAUUCUGGGACCUGGAUCUCCUCCAUGUUCUUUCAUAUGAUGACGGCGGUGCUGGGUCUGGGGGUUGUCAUGCCGUGGCUCUACCGCUUGAUCCGGCAGAACCCCCUCUUUUGGCUCUCCCAGUUCCUCUCUCAAACACAGACCAGAGUUUAUCUCCUCGCCUACUGGAUCCUCCUGGCUGCUUUGGCAUGCACAGUGGUUCUCUAUCAAAACGCCAAGAGGUCAUCUGGUUCUAAGAAACACCAAGCAUCAACCAUAACCAGGAAAUAUUUCCAUUUCAUUGUGGUGGCAACGUACGUCCCAGGACUCAUCUACGACCGCCAGCUCCUCUAUGUGGCUGCUGUGGUGUGCUUGGCAGUUUUCAUUCUUCUAGAGUACAUCAGAUACUUCACCAUCAAACCCUUGGGGCACACCCUCAGGAACUUGCUCUCUCUCUUUUUGGAUGAACGGGACAGUGGGCCUUUGAUCUUGACUCACAUCUAUCUUCUGCUGGGGAUGUCCCUCCCUGUUUGGCUGUUCCCCAGACCUUGUGCCUCAAAGGCUACUUUGCCUGGGGCUGGGGCCCUGGCCCCUUACUCUGGGGUGCUUGCUGUGGGCAUUGGGGACUCAGUAGCUUCUAUUUUUGGGAGCACAGUGGGGGAGAUCAAAUGGCCGGGGACCAAGAAGACCUUUGAAGGCACCAUGAUGGGCAUAUUUGCCCAGAUCAUUGCUGUUGCCAUCAUUCUGAUCUUUGACAGUGGUGUGGAUCUAAAUGCCAGCUACUCCUGGAUUCUGGCAUCUAUUAGCUUGGUUUCCCUUUUGGAAGCCUACACUACCCAAGUGGACAAUUUACUUCUGCCUCUCUACCUCCAAAUACUACUGAUGACUUAGGGGACCUUGGCUGGGAAUCUUGGCAUGACCGGUGCGGGGAUGGAGGCUAUAGGUAGGGCAAUGGCUUGAAUCACUGUAGUGAAUUCGCAGUAUCAGGCUGUAAAGUUCCAAAAGAGGGAUAACAGUGUUCAGAUAAUUGCUCUUGGAUCAAAUGAAUAUUUAAAAAUGGACAUGCAAAAGUA